CAAAACAACAAAGCCGGACCCCUAGCUUUCUCUCCGCACGCCCCCGCGCACAACUCGGACGGGGGCGCCUCGGCCAGCGCCGCCGCGCGCGCCAGAGAGCCGAGCUGCGCCCACCCGAGGCCGAGAGCCGCUCGCAACCUGUCUAUCCGCAGGCAAGAAUCAGAGCCGCCUGUGCCCUCUCGCUCCCUCGAUCUGUCAAAAAAAAAUAAAAUGCAAAAUAAACCGCUCGCGCCGUUAGUCUUUCGUUCGGGCGCGCAUCGGACCAGCAGCGUGCCCUUCAUGUCGCCAGAGAACGCGCUCUGACAGCAAGACCCAGACCAAAGAUGUCUGACGUCGUAGCGCGAGGCAAAGGGGCCAGCGAGCGAGUCCGUCGUCGCGGCGCGCGCGGGAGAACGGUAGUUAGAUGCGGCACAACAGGUGCUCUGUUGGCGUUCUGCGCCGCAACGCAGCGAGGACGGAAGGGACUGCUCGUCCGACGGUACCAGUUCGACCUCGCGGGAAAGACGUUCCGUCGGCUCGCAGAAGCGGAGCAGUCCGACGAAUUUGUUGAGUGCCACGAAAGAAGUUGCAUCUGGGCGGCAGACCGAGUUCUCAAUAGCCGAACCGGCCGGUUUGAAUACGUGGUGGUGUGCGGCGAGGCGGGAGAUGAGGACCGCCUGAAAGUGGCGUGCCUGUCCGGCCAGAAGUUCCAGGAGACGUAUCGCUGUCGGUGGACCUUCGAGCGCGCUCGCGCGGCGCCCACGAGCGCUUCGAACGAGAGCGUCGAGGUGGCGAUCGGCGACGGACCGACGGUCGCGCUCUACAGCCGGCUGGACCAAGCGGUCCACCUGGUGUCGAGGUGCGCGAACGGCGAAUUCAGGGACAGGAAAAUUCGAGUGCAGGGCGACGACGAAGCGCAAAUAGAAGCGAGCAUCAUCAAGACCGAAGGGCCAACGGAUUGGCUCAACGUUCACGGCAUCGAUGGCGGCGCCUGGAUCUGCGUUCGGCAGAGCCGACGAAGAACGCAGAAGACGGAACCCGCCCUGUCGGUAGAGCGCCUCUACCAGGCACUCUCGAAAGCGUCAACCACCCGAUACACAAUGCGCAGAAUCGAAGAAGAAUGGGCGAACUACUGUCGACGAGCAGAGGAAACCGAAGACAAACUUUCGCCCUCAGACGAAAUCAAAAUCUAUAACCUCCACGUAGAAGACCCUAUAUGGAGAGAAGUGGAGCUGGCGAUGACCACCGACGACGUCAUCACCGGAAUCCAGGCAACUCCUUACCUCCUCUCGGGCCAAUGGACCUGUCUGUUUCACCUCUUCACCAAGAAACAAAUGCUCCAGUUCGAUCAGCGCUCACCACGCUCGGAAACCUACCCCCUUCGCUGUCCUGUUCUUUCGGCCAAGUUCGUCCACCUCGGACCCGCCGAAGGCACGUGCCAGAGAAAGCUGAUCAUGGUCCUCCACUACGAAUCAGGAGAAGUCGAGCUUGUCGACGUGACGGCUCCCGGACCCAGGGACCCUCCAGUUAUAAUAGAACUCGACAGCAAAUGCACCGGCAUCCUAGUCCAGGACUUCUACAAGGCCGGGUACGACCAAGUACUGUUGCUGAUGGAAGAGGAACCCCACAAACCUAGAAGAAGCUGCCGAUCAAGCUCGGACCUCCUCCGCCGGCGAAGCGACGACGAACCCGUCGAUCACCUCAGUCGCACAUAUCGCAGCCAACAACCAAUGUCUCAUGAUGAAAUCGGCACCUGGACAAUCUUGGAUUUGGCGAAAUGUCUAGACUCGUCUCGACACCCAACGCCGAAUCUCAAAAACGGCGAACCUCCUCCCAUUCAACCCGGCUCCAUAAACUCGCACUACAAAAACUUGGUCCCCAUCGCGCACGCGCUGCGCGGCAGAAUUCGCGCCGCCGAACAAAACCUAAAACAAACCCAACUUCGACUCUCUCAAAAACAAACCUUCUUCCAAAAUUCCGGCCGCCUUCUGUGCCGCCUUGCCGAGUCGCGAACCACCCCAGGGCUGCCUUCGUCCCUUCAACUGCUCGACCCAUCCCUGUUGACGCGCCUCCCGCUCCCAGGCACCCCAGCGACGUGCGCACCGGCUCAAGCCACCGCCCCCGACGCGUCUCGCCCGCUCCUCAUCCUUCGCGCCACAGACUACCUGGCCCAGUACGGAGAAUACCACCUGCAACUACACGUCAAAAACCUUCACCCAGCCAAAAAGACCCUGCUCGUCUGCGGGCUGCUGCCCACCAUCCGAAGCAGACAACUCACCUGCCACAACAUCGAACCGAUCCAGCUCAAUCCAGGCGACUCCGGCAUCCUCGACGCGCGCUUCGACGCCAACGCCUUCUCCCUAGACUUCGACCAUUCUCCACUGCAACUAGCCAUCGAAUACAAAGAACCAACACCCACCCAAAACUCGGAAGACUCAAACGGGCCAAAAACUCUCUACGCCGGAUACGUCAUUCCAGCUCAAAGAAUCCGAACCCUGUGGCCCUCCCUUCGCCCCUCGACCCUCCCAAACCCCGCUUCUUCAAACAUCUUCGUGCCCUCUUCCGUCCACGCGUUGCCCAUUCGGCUCUCUCUCGUCGUCACCUCUCGGUCUCACCGCGUCCUGAAACAACUCGCGACCACGCUCCUCCCCCAACUGGGCUUCUCCAACGGCCCCACCGGCCGCCUCCGCUGCGCCCGUCUCGCGCGUCCAGACGACUCCGGCCAACACGUGUGGGACUCUGCCGACAGGAGCUGCCGCAUCAAAAUGCACCCCUUUUUGGACCAUCUGGCACUCGACGUCGCCGCAGAGACGGAACGCGUCGCCCUCUGCGCCGCCGCUCGGCUCAAAGACGCUCUACACAACGACGCAGUCCUUGCCGAAAACCCUCUGUCUCGAGAAAACCUGGCCAGAUACCGAAAAAUAAUCGAUUCCUUGCGGCGGGAACUCCAAGUUCUGGAAUUCUGGAGAGAAGACGUGCAAAAAUCACCCACGGAACUCGUUCAGCGAGCCUCCAACGGCUCCUUGGACCCCAUCCGCUGGCUGCUAAAUUGGAAGCAAAAAUACACCAAGUCUCAAAUCGAAACCGACAAGGCUUAUUUCGAAUUCGAAUGUCUGUCUGUCUCUUCCAAAGACCAAACUCGUGGUCCCAGCACUCCAAUCGCGUCGUUCGAUGGGACGGCCGCGACCUAAAACGUCAAAAAAUUUCCCAACGGACAACUCUUUUCGCGAACCCGCUCGCCCCCAAAACGCUCUAAAACCCCUCUCUCUCUCGACGCAGGCCAAUCAGACGCUUCGAACGCUUGUGAGACCGAGCUCUGAGCUUCUUCACUAACGACAUGUACGCCCAUCGCUUGUAUCCCCCGGCCGCCCGCUCCUCCAGCUCGUCGCACAUCGUCUGAAUGGCGCCCUCUAGACGGUGCAAAUACGGCGCCUCCCUCUCGUAGGAAACCAUCUUGGCUUUCAGAAGCUCCAAAUCACCCGUCUGCGGAGGCCCUCCCAUCUGCUGGUGUUCGGGGAUUCCAAUGGCAAGACACCGAUCGUGGACCGGCGUCUCCAAGGUCACGAGCGACUUGCCCAACAACACGCCCAACUCGUAAUAUUGAGCGAUCAGGGCGCGACUCCAAUCCGUCGGGGACUGAGACCCGCAGACGAGGCGGUCAAUCUUUGACAACACGAACAGCGUCCUGCGCCAGAUCGAACCGCCUCGGUAGAACUUCUGUUGCUGGAACAGAGACGGCUUCGACACGCAUGCGAGCCUCCUGGCCUCCUUCACCAGCGCAGACGCGAUGGCCGAGACGCCCAGGGAAAAGAAGUGAAGGUUGGAUGUGGUGCGCUCCUUCUGGUGCAGAAACAGGUCCUUGACAACCUCGUCGCCUACUCUUUCUCCAUAGUUAGCGUAGAUCAGCGACAGCUCGAGCAUAGGGAGCUGAUUGGCCAAUGUGGGGAUCUGUCCAGAAGGCAAGAAGUAGAGCAAGAGAUCACUUGUGUUGUAAAGACACUGGAGAAGCUUGAGAUUGUUCAUGCACUUGUUAACGAUGUCUGCCGUCCUGAACGCUCAAAAAUCCCGGAGAAUCAAUAAAUAUAACUUUUUUGACGAA